AUGGACAGUGGUUGUACCAAUAUCACCAUUUGUAAUGAUGAGCACAUGCAUGGACUCCGUCAUGCUGAGAAGGAACUUGAUAUGCACACUUACGUGGGCAGCAGAGUUCUUGACAAAGAAGGUUUUCUAGGAAGAUUUCCACCUCCAGUCUAUCACAAUGAAGAUGGAAUUGCCAAUGUACUUGCUAUGCGCGAGAUGAUUGCUGGGGGAUACUGCAUUACUAUGGAUACUGAUGCUGACAAUGCUUUUAUUGUGCAUUGUGAUGGAAACCGAAAGAUGCAAUUUGUGAAUUGUAAGGGUGUGUAUGUGUUGGAGCAACUUGGAGCAAAUGUCGAACCAGGUGCCAAAGAGACAAGUGCGAUGUACCGUCGCCAGUUGAGCAACUUUUAA